AUGAAUAGGAGAAGAUUUCUUCUUGCCUCUGUACUUGCUCUCCGAAAUUCCAGUUUUAUAUAUCCCUCAUGUCAAAAAUGCUUCUCUCGGAUAAUACUAGUCUCCAAAAGGUUUAAUUGUCCAAAAUGUGGCUUUACCGGUGAAGCUGAAAAUACCAGUUACAGAUACAAACUUUCCUUAAAGGUUGCAGAAUCAAACAAAUUGUUUGACAUUACUGUAUUUGGAAGCUGUUUGGAUACAUUUUUUGGUCUUACUGCCACUGGUUUGCACAGGUAUAUUGAGGAUCCUAAUGAAAUUCCAGAAACACUGGACAAUGAUACAGUUAACAACCUAUUAACUAAAGCAGUUGAAACUUGCUUUAUUGGACAAAGCUUUAUUUUUGGAGUGACGAACUUUGAAAGCCAAGGUUCAGAUUCCAGUAAGUUCUUACAGCAGUGCCCUGCCCUCAAGAGAGAAACUGAAGCACUGGUAGCUUCCCAGAUUGUUCUGCCAGACCCGAGUGUUGCAGGCUUCACUGUCAUUGACUACUUCCAUGAGAUUCUGCAAGCUUCCAACUUAAGGAAACUUCACCAUGGCUCCCAGGCAAAUAGCUGCGUACUUGCUUUAGGUUACUCAAAUAGUGAUCUCAGCAGUAUAUAUGGCUCUGACAGCAGUUCUUGUCUUUUUGUUGAAUCCUAUGGCAGAAAUAAUUUUUCAGGAUUCUGGCAGCCAUCACUUGAACUCACUUCCAUUGUUUCACAACUAACAGAUAAUGAUGAUUUUUCAGCUUCAGAACAAAGCAAGGCCCUUGGUGCUCUUCACCAGAACAGAAAGUGUAUCUCCACAGCAGAAGUCACUGCUUCCAGUAGCUACCAUGAGCCCAUUCAGAGUUCAUGGAGUCUUGUUUCAUAUAUGGAUAAAAAGAAUGAAACAGAAAAGUUGAGUGACAAACUUUGCUUACAAGCUAAUCAGCUGAGUGCAGUUUGCGAUAAUCAUCAUGAAAUUAAAGUUACCGACUCUAAUUUAUUCCCUUUGAAAAUGCAAGUGUCCCUUGAGCCAAGCAAUACAAAGUCCUUCCGCAGUAAAGUGGAAAUUAAAAAUAGGUAUUCCCAAGCUAACCUAACAUGUGGCAGUCAUAAUGAUGCAGAUACCCCUGCUGGUCUCCAAGAGAGAUCUGCAUGUGGUUCACCUUCAUCACUCAGACUUGAAGACAUAGCUGGUGGUUCCCAGGAUUGUGACCCUGAGAUGUGGGAUGAUCUGCCAUUCUCUGAAAGCCUGAACAAGUUUCUGGCAGCUAUCGAAAGUGAGAUUGCUAUUACCCAGACAGAUGACGGUAGUAGGAAAUACUAUCUAGAUAAUGACAUCGAUAAAUUACAUGCAGGCCACAGCAGGUUAUCUGUGACUCCCCAGGAAAUUACUGGAGCUCUGCAUAUACUACCUACAGUUUGGAGAUCACUACCAGCUAAAGUCAAAGCAAAUUUUAGCAAAGAUAACUUCCUUCCCAAGUGUCAAACAAAUUCAAGUCCUGGUGCUCAAAUGGAGUCACAACCAGAUCACAUACCUGAGACUGUCUUUAUAAGUGCCAAUGGAAGAGAGAUGUCUGAUUAUGUUCUACCAAAUGCUUAUCACUCAGCGCCGUUUCCAUCUUCAAAAGAUUUUGAAACAAUAAUUACUCUUAAGAAGACAACCAGAAUCCAACCACAUGGGGCCAAAAUUUCACUGAGGCCCAACACUUCAGAGUGUCACCAUUCUUUUCUCAAUAUCAAAUAUACUAGUGAAGAAAAAUCACUUUCAAAAAUGAGUGAAAAGUUGACAACUUUGUGUUCCAAGAAGUGUAAUGAUGUUGCUGAUCUUUGCAGCUUAGAAAAUAAGCAAUAUGGGUGGCUAGAGGACCAAGAUGACAAUUUGACAGUUUGCAGGCGGCUUACAUACCCUUUAGAACCUUUUUGCAGGAGUCCAAAUAUAAGUACAAAUACGUUGAAAGAAAUGCCUUGUGGACCUAUCAAUAGUAAUGUAACACAGAGCUAUUCUCCUGGCUAUGAAGGUAGCUACAAUGCUUCUGCUGAUCUCUUUGAUGUUAGUGCUGAAGAAGCAGACAUUGCCACAGAAAUUACUUGCAAGUCACAGAACAUUCUUUUACAGGGGGAAAAGUCUUUGGCAGAAAGUCAUCCUGUUGAUUCUGGUUUUUCACUGAGAUCACGUUCUGAAAACUCAAGCCAGUCUUCACAAAAAUUAGCCCUGCAAAGCAUAUCAGCCUCUAUACUUCCAAAAAUAUGCUCUUCUCCACCUCGUUUUCAAUCAGAUUCAGCAUAUGAUUUUGAAGAGUUUGUUCCAUUUUCACAGUCAACUCCAGUUGCAAGAUUCCACCAAACAAGAAUUCAUGGGAUAAAAGGAACUUUCGAAAAAUUGCCUGCCUUUUAUUCAUAUCUUGAUGUUAACUAUAAAAAAACAAGGAUUUCCUCUCAAAUUAACACACAGCAAGGUACCCCAGAUGGUCCCCAAAAUAAAAAAAUACACAUCCAGAGAUCUAAAAGCCCUAUUAUAUCUGCUGUUACACAACAAGGUACACUCAACCACAGUCCUAUUGCUGAGUGUCUUGAGACUGAUAGUGAUGAAUGGGUUCCCCCUACCACAAAAAAAGAAUUUCUUUCAGAUAAUCUUCAAUUCCAAACCACGAGUCUAAGAAAGUGCCUUGCUGCUUGUAAUUCCCUUGAUCAAGAAGAGAUACUGAGAAAGAAACCGAAACAUGUUAAACACAGAACAGAUAAAUACUUAAUUAAGAAAGAGUUAAAUGUAAAGAAUAAGUUUACAAGAAAAACUCCUCAACAUAACUAUAAAUGUUCAGGCUGGAUUUCCAGAGAGUCAGUUACUGGACUUAGUACAUGUUCAAAAGUGAAAAGUUGCCCCCUGUUUUCAGAAAGUUGGCCAUCAUCAGCAACUGAAAGUAAUAGUGCUUGGUCACCUGAAUUGUUUUCAUAA